AUGACUUUCAAUAAAUAUAUAUUUUGGCAGGUGCAGUUAUUUGACAAUGAAGAAUUCCAAAAUCAAUCAUACAUAACUGAAUUCAUGCUGCUGGGAUUUGAAGAGCACCAGGUAUUGCAGAUUCCGCUUUUCCUGUUGUUUCUCCUCAUCUACAUUGUGACAAUGGCUGGGAAUAUCCUCAUUAUCCUUCUAGUUGUCACUGAUAGACACCUUCACACCCCUAUGUACAUCUUCCUUGGGAACCUCUCUUGCUUGGAGAUCUGCUGCAGCUCAAACAUCUUGCCAAGGAUGUUAACCAGUUUCCUUACAGGAAGGAAGACUAUAUCUGUCAAUGCAUGCUUUGUGCAAGAAUAUGUCUUUGGUGCUCUGGGAGCUGUAGAAUGCUAUCUCUUAUCUGUAAUGUCCUUUGACCGGUACUUAGCUAUAUGCAAGCCACUACAUUAUGUCACCAUGAUGAAUGGCAAGUUGUGCCUUCAGCUGACAACUAUCUCUUGGUUUAGUGGUGUUCUGGCAAGUAGUGUGACAAUGAUCUUAAUAUCCACUUUAGAGUUCUGUGACGGCAAUAAAAUUGACCAUUACUUUUGUGACACCUUUCCAAUCAUAGAACUAUCUUGUACUGACACUCAUAUAUUAAAACUGUUUCUGUAUGUUGAAUGCUCUGUAUUCACCUUUCUUCCAUUUACAUUGACCUUAACAUCAUACAUUUUCAUCAUUGUAGCCAUAAUGAAAAUUCCUUCCACCACAGGAAAACAAAAGGCGUUUUCUACUUGUUCCUCCCACCUCUUGGUAGUGACCAUUUUUUAUGGUACACUAAUUAUUAUUUAUGUGAAUCCAAACUAUGUUAGACUUAAUGACCUUCAUAAAUUCUUCUCUGUCUUCUAUACCAUCCUUACUCCAAUGCUCAAUCCUAUCAUAUAUAGUUUGAGAAAUAAGGAGGUAAAGGAUGCCUUGAGAAGACUCAUUUCAGUCCUUUUUGAUAAAAAGGAGGAGAAAAUCCUACCUAGGAACUACCAUAUGUAG